CUCUUCCUUACCUCGCCAUGACUCUCUUCCACUUCGGCAACUGCUUCGCCCUGGCUUACUUCCCGUAUUUCAUCGCCUACAAGUGCACGGGGCUGUCUGAGUACAAUGCUUUCUGGAGGUGCGUCCAGGCUGGCGCUACAUAUCUGUUUGUGCAACUCUGCAAGAUGUUAUUCCUUGCCACGUUCUUUCCCACCUGGGAUGCCUCUGUGGGUGUUUACGAUUUCAUUGGGGAAUUCAUGAAAUCGACAGUGGACCUGGCCGAUUUGCUGGGGCUUCACCUGGUGAUGUCUAAGAACGCAGGGAAGGGGGAAUACAAGAUACUGGUGGCAGCAAUGGGCUGGUCCACUGCGGAGCUCAUCAUGUCCAGGUGCAUCCCCCUGUGGGUUGGUGCCAGAGGGAUCGAGUUUGACUGGAAGUACAUUCAGAUGAGCUUUGACUCCAACAUCAGUCUGAUUCACUACAUCAGCAUGGCAGGACUGGUCUGGAUGUUUUCACGGUAUGACCUCCCGAGGCACUAUCGCCUGCCGAUUGCAAUCCUCCUCGGCCUCAGCGUCUACAAAGCCUUCCUCAUGGAGUCCUUUGUCCACGUGUUGCUGUUGGGCAGCUGGACAGCCUUGCUGAUCAAAGCCAUGGUGACAGGCGCCAUUUCGCUCAGCGCCUUGAUCCUGUACAUCAGCCUGGUUCACAGCAACUGACUCGGCGGUGAAGGAGCGGCAGCAGCAGCAGCAGUGAGCCACCGACAGAGGGGGGACCCACCUCACUCCCGGUGGGGGGGUGUGGCGGGGAGGGUGGGGUGGUGCAGCUACAGGAACAGGCGGACAACCGGGGGACUCCGUGCGGACAGUGAGUGGACCCUCACCAACCCCGGGAUGGUGAACUGCCCGGUACCCCCCCCACCUCCCCCCACCCCCGAGAAAGGGGCUGAUAACUAUCUGCUUGACCCAGCGACCUGCCCUGGCCGUGCAACAAUGCCCCCUCCCUCAAAACACCCACCCCCCCCCUCCCCCGUCUCUACCAAAGUGGGGGGCCUUUCCCCUGCUGUCGCCUCCAUUGUUAAAAUGUGGCCCCAGCUCGGGACUGGCGUCCUGACGGGUGUGGGGGAUGUUGGGGGGGGACAAUGGUCACAGUGCCAGUCUGACCGCCGUGGAGGGGGGGUGGUGGGGGGUGAGGUGAGACUCUAGUUGCCCUGGAAACCACCAGGACGCUCCCUCAUGAGUGAAGGGCGAAGCCUCCCACGUUCCUGAGGAUCGCCCGCUCACCCAUCGCAACGUGUACAAAAGAAUAAAACACUUUUCCCAUUGA